AUGACAGGAAUAAAGACAGCUGAGCUCAUCUUCAUCUGUUUUUCACUGCUUCACGGUUUUGUUGCAGCAUUGAACUGCACCAGCCCGACUCCUGAAGCCUUGUUUGAUGCAUUUGAGAAGGAAUUAUUUCCUAGAAAACUACUGCGACCUGUCAAAAGCUUUUCAGAACCGCUGAAUGUAUCUCUUUCUAUAACUGUGGUCGGAAUUUUAGGAGUGAAUGAAAAAGCCCAAUCCUUGACAAUAUUCUUAUGGCAAGUCCUGGAGUGGGAUAUAGCGGGACUGAGCUGGGAUGAGGAGGAAUGUGGAACUUCAAGAAUCUCUAUCCCUCGAGAAAAGCUUUGGGUCCCAGACGUCCAAAUCACAGAGUUCAUGGAUGAGGAUGUAUCUCCCCACACUCCCUAUGUCUACUUACACAACACUGGCCGACUAUAUGAUGGUAAGCCGGUCAGAGUGGUCAGCACCUGCAGAUUAGUGAUCUACACUUUCCCCUUCGAUAUCCAAAACUGCUCACUGACCUUUGAAUCAUAUCUACACUUUGCUGGAGACAUAAGAAUGUUUCAAAGCACCGCAGUAGAGGAGAUCCUGGAGGAGUCCCAGCAAGUCCUACAGACCAAUGGGGAGUGGGAGCUAGUGGAUAUUAAAGCAGGUUCUACUACUCUGGUGAUAAUUGAUGGAAGCUACUCUGAGAUCAAAUACUAUAUAAUUUUGAGACGUAGGCCAAUCCUCUACGUGGUGAACCUGCUGAUCCCCAGCUGCUUCCUCAUCGCAUUGGACCUCUUCAGCUUCCUGCUGCCUCCCCACAGUGUGGACCGUUCUGCAUUCAAAAUGACCCUCAUCCUGGGCUACACCGUCUUCCUGCUCAUCAUGAACGAUCUGCUGCCCGUCACUGGAGGGUCAACACCUCUAAUGAAUGUUUUCUUCUCCAUCAGUUUCGCUCUGAUGGUGGCCAGCCUGUUGGAGACAGUGUUUAUCACUAAUAUCCAGUUCAGCUCCAGCCAGUACAGUCCUGUGCCUCACUGGCUCAGAGUCCUCGUGCUACGAUAUCUAGCUGUUAUCGUUUGUCUUCCUCCAAUAAAGAAGAGCAACCGCAUCACAGUCUGCCUUCAGCAGCCUCCAAGAGGAAGCAUCAUCCCUUCAAAAGAUCUAGAGAACAUCUCUAGUAAUAUACCUCCAGAAAAAACCCCUCUGGACCCGGUCCUUGAUGAACUGAAGAAGCUGAACAGAGAUCUCACAGCCAUCCGUGUCCAGAUGGGCAAACACUUCCAGGGAAGCAAAACCCAGCAGGAAUGGGAAAUGAUCGGGAUAGUUGUUGAUCGUCUGCUGUUCGGCUUGUACAUUGCCUUUAUCUCUUUCUCUUUUAUCACUAUUGUAUUAAUCUGGGUCUUGAGUAACCUGGAUGUACACAUAGCACAUGGAAUUCCAUAAAACAUGUUAUAUUUCCUGGUUUUCUCAGCAAUUUGAAUCCAAAUCCAAAUUUGUUGCAGGAGAAACAAAAUGAAAUGCAGAAAUUUGUAUCCGUGCCUUCCAUCCUAUUCAGUCCGGUUCAGUCUAGAGAUACAUGUUGUGCUGUUCAGUCAGGCUUGUUGCUGUUUAUAGGUUUAGUUUUUUUUCUAUGUAAGAAUUAUUUUAAAAUGUUUAUUUCUUGACAUUUCCAGGCAAUGCUCUCUGCUGUCGUAAUGUUUUAUGCACAUUGGGAAUGAGGGCUUUGUAUUUUGUCAUGCAUCACUUAUUUGUUGAUUGACUGAAUAGGAACAUUUUUUAUUUAUUUAGCUUUGACAGAAAUGUCCUAUCAGGUCUCACUUAUGCUCCCUUUCAUACAAAAAUAGAUAUGUGCAUUUCACGCAAUGUAACCGUCACUGCCAAGUAUUUCUGUGCAUUCUUUAUGUUGGCAUGGAUAUUAAGUGAUAUAUCCACUAGAGCAGUGGUAGGCAACCUGUGUCUCAGGAGCCACAUGUGGCUCUUUAGGCCAUCUGCAGUGGCUCUCUGUGGAUGUCAUUUCUUUACACGUAUUACUGGUGUAGGCCCAAAAACUUCCAUUCUAGUUUUGAGUUUCCCUAACUAAGCUAGCUUUCAAUUCCAAAUCUUCUGAGAUAUUUCUUCGGUGUACAGCCUCUCAUUUGCACUUGGGUCCUCACUGUGUUCUGCAUAAUCAUGUUAUUAAAGCUCAUUAUGACAAAUUAGUAAUGCUGGUAGGGUAAUUUAGACUCAGUAUGACAUUGUAUCUGUAUUGUAAGACUCCAAUAAGGUUUGUGGCUCCACUCCCACGUCUUAUCUUUUCUAUUUUUUUGCCAACAAUGAGUAUUGUUAAUAAAGGUUGCUUACUCCUGCACUAGAGAGUAGUUCUAAUAGGGAGCAGCUCCAUAAAUA